AUUGCCUCUCAGUAUGAUAGAGAACCCCUGAAAACAUCUCUCAGCGACUCUCACAGCCUCUGACCGUCUCCCUUGACAACCUAAAUAAGAAAAAAAAUAGCUGUAAAUGACGGACGGCUGGGCACCACCCCUGUUUAUGAACUCCCGCCCAAUCGGCUGCGAGGGGAGGGGCAGGUGUGAGAAAAACAACAGGCAAGCUCCGGGAUUGGCUGCCCUCGGAUUCUAUUAGCUGCUGCAGCACAAAAGGUGCGUAGGAGCUGGGAAUAAUAAACUGAUUCUUGGCUUGUAUCUGAAUCUAGAAUACAAUCUGCCUUUUGUCUUUAUUUAUCAAAUCCAGCAAGCAAAGGGUGCACCAGAAUGCGUUGCCAUGGCGUGCUGGCUCUCACCUGGGCCUCCCUGUUGCUCCUGGCAACGCUCACCCCUGUGGUCCAAUCGCGAGGCGGCAGGGGCGGAUCCAGAGGAGGCGGGCUGAGAGGCCGAUUCGGGGGCGGAUCCAAGCCCAAGGCCCCGCCCCCAGCGGGAGAGCACAUAAACCGCGGCUCGUCCAAUCAGGGCAUGAAGAUGGCGGGCGCGGCGGCGGUUGGGGCAGUUGCCGGGGCAGCAAUGGGGUACGGGCUGGGGUCCAUGGGGAGACCGCGCUUUCACCAGAGGUACGGAGACGACUUCUCAGAGGAGAAUCAGCGCGAUUACUACCCCGACCCCAUGAACGGAAACCGCUCCAUGAUGCUGUCCGAAGAUCAGUACAACAAUGAGGCCGGACAGCACGCUGCCAGCGUGAUCACCCUGCUGGGAUCCCUCGCACUGGGGCUGCUCGGGACCUGGAUGAAGGCUUGAGGGGCUCAAUGCAAUUCCAGCCCGGCCAGGUUAUACUGGCCAUGGCAGUGAUGGAAAUAAGACUCCCUGUUGCAUAGCAGUUUCACCCAGAAGGAGUUUUAUUAAACCCAUAGCAAAACCAGGAAUGGAUCAAACUGUUAUGCAACGGGAGUCUCAUUUCCAUCUCUGCAAGGUCUUCAAUUCAAGAGAUCCCCAUCCUGACUGUGUGUGUGUGUUAUUGUCCUGUGCUGUGUGAAUAGUGCUGCUUGUCAUCUCCAGCAAGCAGAUGCUUUCAUUUCUUUUUGUAGUUGUACGCAGGCUUGCAUUAUAAGUACACAAAAACAAAAAAAACUUGUAAAUUAGUUUAGUUUUGAUGAUCUAACUAUUUAAAAAUGUUCUUUACAGAUUCAGCUAGUAACGCUAUUUUGUGUAGAUGUUGGUUUUAUGUUUACAUGGAUUGCCCCGUGCUUUAGAUUCCUAAAUAUAGGGGCAGAAACAGGCAAUCAGGUAGGGGGUUUUGGAAAUCUUGUCUCUUAAAGACAGAGAAUAAGAUACGAUUAAAGGGAUUCUUACCCGAGCCAGAACAGAGCUUGGUAUUCAUAACCUCCUGCUGCUGCAGGUAGUAACAAGAGUCUGUCUGUUUAGAUCACAUGACAGGUACAGAAAGAAAGAGUAUCCACGUGCCUGCAGCUAGGCAAUGUAAACGAACUGGUGAACCAGCAAUGCCUGCUUCCUGAUGAAGCACAGUGCCCAGAAGGCAAGGACAGAUGUAGCGUGCGCUCCCCCACUCGCUGCAGUUGUAAAUGCAAUGGCUGCAUCUUAUAAGGGCUAAGCGAUCCAGUGCCUGUCACUUUCUCUGACUUGAGGAUCAGGUUUCAUUUUAUACACGGAGGCACGUCGGUUUUUAUCAUAUUCAUUGAUCUGAUUGAUUUAUAUUGGAUUGAACUAGCAUCAUUGUACAGGCUAUAGGACCUUUUGGUCUGACAGGCAACAUUAUUAUACAGUUUGCAAACAAUGACCUGUAUGUUGCAAAGAAGAACUCUAUAUGCAUAUCUUGUACAAUAAAAAAAAGCUUUCCAAAAAACUUGCGCUCUUAACAGCAACAGCGUGGUCGCUCCUGUUCAUCAGAUUAGUCGGCCCGCUGCUGGUACUGUUCAAAACUGAAGAUUAUGUAAAACAUGGCGAGGCAAAGGUGGACAUGCAGCUCCCGACACCAGCAAUAAGACACUAACCCCCUCCAGAGCAGGGUUACCGUAUAAUCCUGUACACUGGGACAAUGCUUUCCAAUGCAGUCUGGUACGUUUCACCUGUCUCGGGUACCUUCUACUUGUUUCUUUACUGUUAGAGAAGCAGGACUACAUUUACCAGAAUGCAUUGCGGUGUGAGUUAAAAAGCCUGAACUGUCCCAGUGUACAGGAAUCCUACAGUAACCCUAAUCCAGAGAUAUCGAUGAUGCCGGGGCUGGUCCUCUAUUUAGUUUGUUGUGAGGUGGGGUCAGAAGGAGCUAUCGACUGAUUUUGUGGGCAACAGCACCAACUGUUUUUGUUCAUGCUGUCUCCCUGCGUAAGACAAUUGGAUUGCGAGGAUAAUUUCCUAUAAUUUCAUUUAGUAUGUACUGCAGUAUACUACAGUAAACCAUAGUCUGGAGUACUGACUCUGGACAGUACUUUCUUUUUUAACCCUUUCAUGCACCUCAUAUGGGGAUGGAUAAAGAAAACUUUCUUCUAGUCUUUAUAUGGGGACACAGGGGAGACGCAAAUGCAUGGUCGCCUCAUAUGAGGAUGUCAUUCAUUCCCCAUAGAAAUAAGUUUGUAGUAUGUGUCCACAUUUUUUAAAGCUAUUUUCAAUAUGUCAUGCAUGAAAGGGUUAAUCAAAGAUAGCAGCAGAUCUCCCAGCAUUGCCCUCAGUACAGUUGCAUUGCACUGCCAGUGCUGCAUUGAAGUUCAGGGCCAUGAGAAGUUUUCCAUAUAAAUCUUUUGUGUAUAAAUAUUGUGCUCUUUGAAUUUAGGGAUGGGAAAGCGUGUGUCAGUUGUCUGGUUUACUAUUGACACUGUAUUUUGUUACAAUUUCUUUUGUACACAUUUGUAUGAAUUCUGCAAUUUGUUCUGCUGUUCAACACGGCUAUAUUAUAAGUAUUGAAAUGAAAAAUAAAAUAUGUUUGAUGUUA